AUCUUGGACCUGCCCGAGGACGAUCCUGAGGGAGCCGCAGGAGCAGGCGCCUCUACCUUCGCUGCUGCCGCUAGUGCCUCUGCACCUCCUCGGCCGGCCCGCUGCCCGCCGGGUUCUCGGCCCACCGCCCCCACCCCUGUCCCACUGCGCCUGCACUCCUCUUCCUCGCCCUGACGCCCCCCUCCUGCUCGGAAAGCUGCCCAGCCACCAGCAACCCCCCAGUGCCACCAUGGCAACUGCACCAUACAACUACUCUUACAUCUUUAAAUAUAUUAUUAUUGGGGACAUGGGAGUAGGAAAAUCUUGCUUGCUUCAUCAAUUUACAGAAAAGAAAUUUAUGGCUGAUUGUCCUCACACAAUUGGUGUUGAAUUUGGUACAAGAAUAAUUGAAGUUAGUGGCCAAAAAAUCAAACUGCAGAUUUGGGAUACAGCAGGACAGGAGAGGUUUAGGGCUGUUACACGAAGCUACUACAGAGGAGCUGCGGGAGCGCUUAUGGUGUAUGAUAUCACUAGAAGAAGUACAUAUAACCACUUAAGCAGCUGGUUGACAGAUGCAAGGAAUCUCACCAAUCCAAAUACUGUAAUAAUUCUCAUAGGAAAUAAAGCAGAUUUGGAGGCACAGAGAGAUGUUACAUACGAAGAAGCCAAACAGUUUGCUGAAGAAAAUGGCUUAUUGUUCCUUGAAGCAAGUGCAAAAACGGGAGAGAAUGUAGAAGAUGCUUUCCUUGAGGCUGCCAAGAAAAUCUAUCAGAACAUUCAGGACGGAAGCCUGGAUCUGAAUGCAGCUGAGUCUGGUGUACAGCACAAACCUUCAGCCCCACAGGGAGGCCGGCUAACCAGUGAACCCCAACCCCAGAGAGAAGGCUGUGGCUGCUAGUGACCUCUUUGCCGUGGCUCUCUUUUGACCUUUCACCUCUGCCUGUUGGAAGCAGUACUUUUUACUGCCUCAUUGUCUUCUGUACAUCUUACUGGGUUUAAUUAAAAAGAAAGAAAAAAACUCUGUUGUAAAAACAGUUUAACACAAUACUAAACUGCUAAACAACUAGUUGUAAUCAGGUUAUCAAAGGCAAGUAGAGUAAUCUCUCCUGCAUGGUAAAUCUAGACUUUUUUUCCCCCUUGAUUGUCCUCGUGAUAGGUAUGUCACCAAUACAUCAUUUAAACUGAGCACUGAUGCUGGACUUCAUGAUUUUUAUUCCUCCCUUUCUUUGGCAAGGCUUUGUCUCACUGUAUGGUUUAAUUUGACGGUAUUUUAAGCCUUUCUCCCCAUCUUUAACUGUUCAAGUAUGUCUGUUGUAACCAGUAAGUUCAUUGCUGUGAAAUGACUUCUGAUGAUAGAGAAGGGGUUCUUUAACUGCUUUUGUUUUGUUUUUGUUAAAUUCCCUGAUGUAUGGGUGGCAUUUUUCUUGAGGUUUGCUUCUGUCCUAGCCUUGCACAGGGAAAUACCCAUUUAUCUUUUCUCUUGUGCUUCAUUAAUAGCUUUAUCUUUUUUUAUACCAUUUUUAUCAUCUCUUUAGCAGAAAGUAAAUAUGUAUAAAAUUUGAAGGAACCGAACUAACAAUACAUUCUGUGUAUAUUAUUUUAAUGAAGAAAAUAAAUUGAUUACUGGCAUUGGAACAGUAUAAAAUACCAGUUUGUAUAGUAUGACCUAUAUGUGACCAUGUUACUCCCUUCCAUUUCACACAAGGAAAUAGAUACGACUGCAGUUCACAAGUAGUCCUGGCUCCACCCUUUGGUGCUGGCAGUUUUGGGGACAUAUGCUGGAAAGAGCUCCUAGUGUGGGAGGAUUAACACUAGCAGAUUCUGCUCCAUCUUUGCACUGUGGCUUACCUGCUGAUUUCUUAACUGUUCUUGUGCAAUCGACAGUGUGCUAACCUGCUUUUCUCUUUGUAAACGUUUUGCAUUACAGGCUGCAUUUCUUGCCUUACUGUAUAGAAAAAGAAAAAAAGCUGGGUUUAUUAUUGCACAUUUUAAGCUUUUAUACCUUUUUCUUGGAAUGGUGAGAUUCUGAACCAGAUAGCCAGAACCGCAGGUCUGCUGUUAAGGGAUUUUGAAUUGUGCAUUUUUAACACUACAGUGAAACAAUUUAAGAUGUCCCAUGUGUUCUUAGUGAGGGGCUAUUUUGUGUCUUGUUGGCAUAAAUUGUUUUGUAAAAAGGACAGUGUUUCUAAUGGUGUUUCAUUGUUUGUGCUGAUACAAAGUUACUACUUUGCACUAGGUGGUGUGGCCACUGAAAGAAUACUGUAUUGCAAGGGAAACAAUCUUAGUUCUUCAGACCACAAAGUGCUUUAAGUUCUGUUGGUUGAUUUCUGUUGAGUUUAUGGUUCAGACUGGAAAUUGAGGUUAUUUUGAAGUAUGAAAGGUGAACCUCAGUAUAUUAUAUAAAAUGCACUCACCUCAACUGCUGUGUUUAAAAUACACAUUUUUAAAUCCCUCUUUACAGACACUAAAGUAAAAACUACAGUUUUCUGGGUUGUAAACAUGUGGUAGUACCAGAGUACUGUAUAGUCAAUGUUAAAUAAAAGCCAAAACUGGAAUGUGCAGAAAAUAGGAUUUGGUUAAUUUGUGGACUCAUCUUUAUUUUUGUCUUUGUUUAACUUUUUUAAAAACAAGAUUCCUGGAGUAGAUUGGUAUAUUUUGUUAAAAACAGUGAUCCAUUUUGCUUACACUGUUGCAUCACAAGUGACUGCCCAGGGACCAUGACCUGCUGGUGUGUAUAUAUUUACAAAAACAAAACAAAUAAAACCACCCAUUGGGAUAUAAGGUAGCAAUCACAAACUAAAGACUGCGGCUCAUUUAGGUGCAAUACCCUGAUUCCCAAAGUUAGUUACAGUGGGUCUUAAUGUUUUUGUGACAGGAUUUAUUCAGACUGCUGUACUCAUUUGAUGUAACAAAAUGCUAUUAAUCUAAAUAUUUGUAAAUAAAGUACCUGUAUCUAGAUUAAAUUAAAA